AUGUAUAACGAUCCUGGAAAACCGCCGAGGCCGCCGACGAUUGAGCAAACGGGGCGUAAGAGAAAAAGUAAUGAUCCAAUCAAUGUAGAUGAUGAUGAUGGUGAAGAAAGGCCGCCAAAGAUAACGAUAAUUAGGGAUACUUUUGUCCAAGUUACUCCAGAAGAGUUUAUGACCAAGGUUCAACAGUAUACAGGGAUGCCGCCAUCGCAACCACAACCAACGCCACCUCCGCCGCCGCCACCAAAACCACAGCCACCUCCGCCUCCGCCGCCACCACGACGAUAUAUUAACUACCAAGAAAUCAAAAUUGAUAAAAUCUUGGAGGAGUGUGGACAUGACCCGAAUGCAUCGGUUGGACAUCGCCAAUCGCAGCCGGUUCAACAAGGAUCCAUUUCGGUUGGACUUCAAAGCUCUACUGCAACGUUCGGAAAUCAAGGUUCGCCGUUGACUACUGGACAAUAUGGCUCGGCAUUGGUUGGACAAGACUUAGCGACGCCAAUUGCAAGUCAAGGGUCAACCUGGAUUGACCCAUUUGACUUGACAUCGGUUGAACAAGUUGUACAUGGACAAGGCUCGGCCGCGUCAUCUGGUCAACUCUCUACGCCGGUUGAACAUCAACAAGUCUCGCCUCCAAUUGAACACCAAGUAGUCCCGCCGCCGGUUGGACAUCAAGUAGUCCCACCGCCGGUUGGACAACGCUUGGCAACCAAUAAUAAUGGUGAUAGUGACGAGUUUGAUAAGAUGAUAGAGGAAUGGUUGGCCGAACGCCCCUAG